AUGCCAUUUUGCGCUCGUAUAUCAAAAAUAAUAAUGUGUAUGCAUGGUGGUAUUAGUGAAAGUUUAGUUAAUUUUUCACAGAUUGCAAAGAUUGAACGACCUUGUGAUAUUCCGGAUAUGGGUUUGCUUGCUGAUCUAACAUGGUCUGAUCCUGAUCCAGCUAUAGAAGGUUAUGAAGAAAGUCCACGUGGUGCAGCAAGUUUAUUUGGUAUUGAUGCAUUGAAAACAUUUUGUGAUCAACUUGGACUCGAACUCAUUAUUCGAGCUCAUCAGGUCGUUCAAGAGGGUUAUGAAUUUUUCGGAAUCGUCGAUUGGUCACCAUAUUUUCGGCGCCAAAUUAUUGUGCUCAAUUUAAUAAUGCCGCAUGUGUCAUGA